CACGUAGUUAGUUUUUCCAACAUGGGUGGCGGAGACGGUUGUUCAGCUGACGCCCAGGAAAAAACAUCAGACUUUUACGAAACCCAUAACUUACCCGCUCGUUUCGAAUGCCCAGGUCUACAGAACUACAGCAAAACCAGACGAACUCCAACCAAUCCGUUCUACGCGACUACCUACAACGAUUACGGGUACUUCCCGCCCACUGUGCACACGGUGAGGAAAUGCUAUCACGGCAAGCCGCAGCGAUUCGGACAGGAGCAGUUUGUCAGAGGAAUGUACAGAGACAACUCGCUGAACAUGUGAACGAUGCCUGCGACGUGUCAAUGAUAACAAUAUAUUAUGACAAACCGCUCCUCACGUCAUAUUAUCAUAGAUCACGCGUGCCCGACCUUUUUUCAACUCGCGGUCCUCAUUCGAAAUUCAUAUUCCUAUUGCGGGCCGAAUAUGCUUCGCGGUUUUUCGUUCAUUGAUUAUUUCCACGCUAUAGUCGCUAUACUCGCUAGUUAACAAUUUGUUUUAGUCAUAAGAAAAUAGAAACUACACAAUAAUUGUAAGAUAUUUUAUAAUAUUAUUCUUAAAUGCUUAUUAAAAUAACGUUUUUUUUUUU